GCCAGGCUGCAGGUCGCUCGCUCGCUCGCCCUUCUCCUGCUGCCGGGGGCCAUGUGAGCCGGCGGGGCCGAGCGGAGGGCAGCGCACGGGGGGCCGGGAGCGGAGCCGCAGCCAGCAUGGAGCGCAGGAAAGUCUUCGUGGUGCUCGAUGUGCUCUGCGUGGUGGUCGGGGGUGGGGAGAGACGGCCGUGGAUCCUGCUCCAAAGAAUUGGACAGCUGGGCUGUUUAAGAAAUCCCAUCUGGAGUGGAAAGGCCAAAGCUUCCCUGCCCUUCGUCAUCCUCACUCUGGUGAACUCUCCGUACGAGCGCGGAUUCUACUGCAACGAUGACUCCAUCCGCUACCCCUACAGGCCAGACACCAUCACCCACGGGCUCAUGGCGGGAGUCACCAUCACCUGCACCGUCCUCAUUAUCUCCGCGGGCGAGGCCUACCUGGUGUACGCUGAGCAGCUCCACUCCAAGUCCGAGUACAACAACUACCUUGCCGCCCUCUACAAGGUCGUGGGAACGUUCCUCUUCGGCGGGGCCGUCAGCCAGUCUCUGACCGACCUGGCCAAGUACAUGAUCGGCCGGCUCCGGCCCAACUUCUUGGACGUCUGCGACCCCGACUGGUCCAAGGUGAACUGCUCCGUCUACAAGCAGCUGGAGAACGUGUGCCGGGGGAACUCCAGGAACAUCACCGAGUCCAGGUUAUCCUUCUAUUCCGGACACUCCUCCUUCGGGAUGUACUGCAUGGUGUUCCUGGCACUGUACGUCCAGGCCCGGCUGAUUGGGAAAUGGGCCCGGCUCCUGCGCCCCACAAUCCAGUUCUUCCUAAUCGCCUUCGCCAUCUUCGUGGGCUACACCCGGGUCUCUGACUACAAGCACCACUGGAGUGAUGUGCUGGUGGGGCUCCUCCAAGGGGCGCUCAUUGCCAUCCUCAUUGUCCGCUAUGUCUCUGACUUCUUCAAGCAGCGUCCGCCUCUGCAGUGUGAGGAGGACCCGGAGCACAAACCCAGCUUACCGCUGACCAGGAGCGAGCCCGAUCGCAACCACUACAGCUAUCCGGGAGCUCCCUGAGCCGCGGGAGCUGUGGGGGGCAGCGCUGCUGGACAGCUGAUGGCUAAUCCCAGGCCCCACCAGGCUGCCUGCCAGGGCUUUGAGGGGGGAACCCCGGUUAAUUGGUUCCACGGCUAAUGAGUUCCUUAUUACUGUGUAGUGCCACGGCACCCGAGGGACCCCCCGGGGGGAACCAAGCAAAGACUUUUUUAAUGCUCAUAUGGAGCGCUGUGCGGUAACCAGCCCUCCUGCCUCUCAGCUCCAGGGGCUUGGAUCCCUCCAUGAGUGGGUGGGUGCAUCUCAUGCUUCCGAGGGUGGCUUUCCAGCCCUGUGUGUGGAAGAGGCACAGGGGUGGGACUGCUUGUGAAGCGAAGAGUAAACUCCAUGGGAAGCCUGAGGUGGUGUGGUGCUGAGAGCGUCAAAUUAUAUUCGUGUUGAUGACUCCAGAUCCUCGCUGGGACAUCACCAGGAGGCCAAUGCCACCAGAACAUUGCUGGGCUAACGAUUUGAACCCGAGUUCUUCUCUGCAGCUUGGUCACCUUAAAAUAUUCCCAGUACUCAGCAGCCGAUGCAAAUGAUCGAUGCCUGGGGAGGGUCUGCUCCCAUCACUCCUGACCCCGCCGCACCGGGGUGAACUGCCGCCUGAAUUUGUGAGGUGCCCUGGACGCUCCAUAGGAAACUCUCUGCAGCCGCCUCAGCUGAUUUUUUAAUGGGGGGGAUGGAGAUGGGGAGAGGGGGGAAAAUCUUCUGUGGUAAAGGAAAUAAAUUGCAGUCUGGAGAUGGGCACGGAUUCUGGCCCUUUGAGAAAGCAUGUUACCUGGUCCAGCUCCUGCUAACAACCUCGCCUCUACCACACAGCUGCAUCUGGCACCAAGGAUACUUGGGCCUCCUUUUAAACUACAUAAAUUUUCAUGAUGAUGCGUUUUUUGUAUUCAGUGUGUUUUUUAUUUUUAAAUUAGAUCAUCCUGAAAGAA